CAACGCAUUCGGGCUCAGUCACUCUGAUCAGACAGCAUUAUCUUCCGCUUUCUCCCGAGCCCAUCUGGGGCUCCCGCACACGGCCGCAGACAGACAUCGGCGUCACCACCAAAAAGCCAAAACCCAAGACGAGUAAGAGAGGAAGCAGCAGCCAAGUGCCCAUGAGCCGACAGGACAACGAGAGAGGGAAGGCCCCUCCUGGUCUUCACUUGAACUUGCUGUGCCGUGGUCCUCUGAAGAUGGGUCCUCCCGGGCCGCCCCUCGGUGCGUGGUACCUGCCGAUGCAGUCGGGGUUCUGGCCCAGCCAGUUGUAGUAGUAGCCGUGCUUGUGCCGCAUAUUGUAAUACUGCUUCUUCAUCCUGCACGCACACGCACACCGCACACAGGAACACGCAAGGGAAAAUUGAUGAUCACGAUGUCCGCCCCGCCUCUCUCUCUGCUUGGUUUGUGUGUCCACUCACUUGCCUCUGUCGGCCCUUGCCGCCAGCUUCUUGGGCCUGAGCAAGAGCAUCGACCACUCACGCAGCGUCAUCCCCAUCGCUCCAACACCGGCAGCUAUUCGCAGCACGGUCAAGCUGGGCAGCAAAGUAGUCGCCCUCGCGCACACAUAGGAUGGCAUCGACGGGCCACGUGAUGGCAGCGUGCUGGGCACGACACGGCGGAUGCUUGGGCGGAUCAUAUCCAUGAGCAGGGCUGUACAGGGCUCAAGAUCCCCGCUCCUGAGACGAAAUCAAC